UGCAAUGUUACAAGGAGGCUGCUUGUUCUCAGAGAGGACUUUCAACAUAGCUGCAGAAUGAGGAAAUACUUAAGGUGCAGAAGUGUGCUUACUUUGGUACAACACAAGAGGAUAUGAAGAACAGCUUGGAUUCAUUUAUUUUAAGUAUCUUCAGUUAUGAGUAACUGUCAAAGUCAAAGUGAUCCUGAUCAUCUCCAUGGACUUUUUAUUUCAAAGUAUCUUCUUACCCAGAGGAACAACAUCAGGCACGGAGCCCAGAGGUGAUGCUGGAGAUGCAGCACUACAACUCCUCGGGCACAGUUGCCCCCUUUUCCCACUCUAACCACACCGCCAUGGUGCAAGCGCCCAAGGUGGAGUUCAUAGCAUAUAAUGCCACCCGUACACCAAACAAUCCCACAGCUGCCGGCCUCACCAUGACUCUGGGCAUUCUUUUCAAUGUGGUGGCCCUCAUUAUUCUCGUCAAGGCUUACAACCGCUUCCGUCGGCGGUCAAAGGCUACCUUUCUCCUCUUUGCCAGCUCUCUGGUGGCAACAGAUCUGGCUGGACAUGUUAUCCCUGGAGCCCUUGUACUGAAGAGAUACUCAGAAAGCACUGGUUCCACAGCUGAUUCUGUUUCCAGCUUUCAAGGCAACCCUGCAGAUCCGGAUGCCUCUUGUCAAUUUCUGGGAGGGUGCAUGGUGUUCUUUGGGCUGUGUCCUCUCUUCCUGGGAUGCGCCAUGGCUGCUGAGCGCUGUCUAGGUGUCACCAAGCCUCUGCUGCAUGCUCGUUUGGUGACCACAGCACGGACAAAGAUGGCACUGACCCUAAUCUGGCUGCUGGCUUUAUGUGUAGCCCUUUUACCCUUCUUCCGCCUGGGUGCCUACACUUACCAGUACCCAGGGACGUGGUGCUUCAUCAGGGUGAUGGAGGGUACCAGAGGAACAGAUCUGGCCUUUGUGGUGCUCUUCUCUGGACUGGCUUUGAGCUCUCUGGCUCUGGCCUUUGUGUGCAACACCAUCAGUGGGCUCACACUAGUGAGAGCCCGGCUAAAGAAAAGGUCCUGCGCCCAGCGCCGCUCCGCCAGGUCUCAUGACACUGAGAUGGUGGUUCAGCUGGUUGGCAUCAUGGUCACCUCCUGCAUCUGCUGGAGCCCCCUGCUGGUCUUUGGGCUAAUGUCAGUCACACAGUCCUACAAUGGCUCUCUGAGCAGUGACAGAGACACUUACAGGCGCCUGAUGAUGACAGGUGUCAGGAUGGCAACCUGUAACCAGAUCCUGGACCCAUGGGUCUACAUCCUGCUGCGACGCGCCAUCCUCAGGAAGAUCUACCGCAUCACUAAAAAGCAGGCCAGCCUCAAGGGGAGCACGUUACGCUCCAUUCGCUGGGAUGUCAGCUCGCUUCAGAACUCUGAGAAAAACAGUGUUAAUAAGAUUUAAUGGGACUUGUAGAGGAAGAAAUCAAUGUAACAGCUAUCACUUUUAAAGGGAUGCUCUGUCACCUGCCAGCUGGAUCACCGCUGAACCCAGCAGUCUAUCAUCUGGAUUAAAAUUCAAUAUUUAAAUUGUCCCAGUGAAAAGAUUCUUGGCUGGUAGGAACGACAGUCACCCUGGUUUAUGUGUAUGAAGUGUUAUGUGUUGUGAUUCAAAGUGGUUAAAGAUGGAAAUGUUCCAGAUCUGAAAUAUCAAUGACCAGUUACAGUUAUGUGUUGGGUUGCUGUAUGUUAUAAACUGCUAACGGUGAAUGCAGCAUGACCGUAUAAAGGACCUGUUUGCAUGACAGUCUGUCCUCUAUGAGAGCAGAUGUAAAUGAAAAAGAUUUUGUCAGUUGGAGUAUAAUGUGUUAACUUCUUUGUUGACGUGAAGACUGUAUCUAGUUUAAAGCAAACAUCUCAACUCAAAGGUUUUGUCUGCAAGUGUAGUUUUGUUCUCUGACAUAAUGUAAAAGUCAAUGACUUGCGGAAAUGCUCCCAUAAGAGAGCAAAAUAAAAGGCUGUGUUUUUACCUCAGCUUGAAGAUGUGAAAAACACCCUACGUGUGUCCAUUGUAGCUAUGACAUAAAUGUGAAUGUGUGUCUUUAUUGUGUGUUUGUGUAUGUAUCUGCAGUAUUUCCCCGCAGUGCCUGGGGACUGAAGUGAAGUUAUGUGUUGAAAAAGCUAUUUGGAUGUGAUAGUUGUUUAGAAAAGGGAUUUUGAGGUCACACAAUAAAUGGUUAUCUGCUUAUGUUUCAAUUAAUUCUGGUUUGUAUUUGAUGUCAUAUUUUUGCAGUUUUGUUGAGAUAAGAUAAUGUUAGCGAUAUUCAGCUAUGUUCUGACUGAGUGAGGCAAAGCGUCAGCUUUGUUGGAAAAUACUGGGACUCGUCCAAAGGUAAUAAAAUCCACCUACCAACAUCUCUAAAGAUUACUAAUUCAAGAGUUGUUUAUUUGAUUCCAUCCCCAAACCAAAGUCUGAUAUCUUUGACUAAUUAGUCUUAUUUUAUUCGUGUAAAGUCUCAUUUAGUAAUGUAGACUCAUGUUAGUUCUUUGUAGUUCCUUUGAAAAAAGGAGUAUGGCAUGCCAUUAUGUGCUUUUAUCUGAAUCAGAAUAAGAGUAUGAGUCUUUUCUCUCUCAAAAUAAGACACAAAAGGCACUAAAUACUCAAUUCUGUUAUUAAGCUGCCAGUGAUUCUCCAAAGCAAGUCACUCCACUAUGGUUACAAUAUUCUGUAUUAUUAUUCAUGGGGUCUCAAACGG